UGUUUUUAUUUGACUACAACUGUUAUCUAUUUUAGUUUUUGUAAAUUAAUGUUUUGAUGAUGUAAACAUAAGACCAAAUAUUCUUAUUGUUAUUUAAAAACUAGAACUACUUAAUAGAUAAGAAAGUCUCCUUACUGUCCUGGGUUUACCGUAUACAAUUUAACUCUUUCUGACAAAGGUUCUGGACCUCUUUCAUUUCUAAAUAUUUACCCCAUUCUCCAAAUCAUUGUAAUUGGGGCUCAGUAAUCUCAUCUCUGAAAUUUUGCUCCAUUUAUUAUCACCAAGUAAUAAUAACUACUAUACAGGCAGAGUUUGUCAUUAUAAUGUAAGUUUUUAAUUUCCAGUACUUUUUGUAGCUUUGCAAGAUAUAUGAAAAUGCAAUUAUAUCUGAUUUGUAGAUAUUAAAGAACUUAGCUACUUGAGUUAUCUACAUGCAACUAAAUUAAAUCUUUACUACUGAGCCCUAAUUUUUUUUUUUUUAUUUUUUUUUUUAUUUUUUUGCCCUGUCUGUGUAGUUUAGAAUGUGCUUAGGUAGUACAAACUGCCUUUUAAUUGAAAGUAUUCUCUUUUGCUUUGGUUUCCCUGCGGACUUUGAUUGUUAAAGAACUAGAAUUCUUCUGUUUUUAAUUUAUGCGCUUAAUGUCACAUUGUCAUCUUUUAGAAUUCUAAUAUUCAACAAAAUAAGUUGAUAUUUGGAGGGGGAGGUAUUAGUUAGGUGAACUAUCAAGAGAUUUUCUCUGCACAGAAGGGAAGCAGGAAUUAUACAGAAUACAGCCAUAAGCCAUGUGACAUCCAAAAGAACCACGGUAGCAGUAGAUUCAGUGAGGUACAUCGCUGUGAAAAAUAGUGUGAGAGAAGAAUUACAUUGAAUUUUAGGAACAACUACCUAACUAUGAUACUUUUAUAGGAUGGGUACAAGUUACAGAUAGCACAAUUGCAUAGUCUUUAUGUGUGUAGAGUGUCCAAAACCGCCUAGCUGGUCAUGUUGAUGUUUUCAUUCAUUCUGUAUGAGAAUGAGAAAAAUGCCACUUUGACAAAGUCAUUUGUGUCUAAAAAGGGCAUCUUCAGGGCAAGAUGUUGACAACAUUUUGGAGUAUGCAUUCAGGUACUUAAAGGAAGGUCUUUUAAUGCAGGAAUCUGGCUGAGAUUGGGCAAAGCUCAGUAACAUAAUAUAGAUUAGGUCUUGAAGCAAGUCUUGAUAAGUAGACUGUUCAUAAACAGCAAGUGACCUUUUUGCCCAGGGAAUUAUCUGCCCAGAGGAGUAAGCUAUUCAGUUGAUAAACUGAUUUUCAAGAAUUUUCUGAAGCAAGCAGUGUAAUUAUUUAUUGGUUUAUAGAUAGAAUGACCAACCUGUCGCAGUUUGUCAAACACCAAGGGGGUUCUUAGGAUGCAGGACUUCCCAUUUUAAAACAAGAACAACAAAUUAGUUAACUAUGUAAUUUUUAAAAACCAGGCUUAAUAAUUUUGAGUGCUGACUUAAAGUAAUUUUUCCUUUAAAAUACUGUGAUAUUUUUCUAUGUUACUGCCAUUGCACCAAAACCACAUUUAUCAGUUAACUUGGAAAAAAUUAAACUCCCUCCUUUGCUGCUGUAAAAGAAAUCAAUUCUUUAAAUAAACCAUUUAAAAGCAAGUGUGGUAGGCUGAAUAAUGUUCCCAUUCUCCACCUCACCUCCAAAGAUGUUUUGAUUCUAACUCCUGGAACUUGUGCAUAUGGUACCUUAUAUAAAAAAGGAACAUUGUAGCUGUGAUUAAGGAUUUUGAGAUGGGGAAAUUGUCCUUUAUUAUCUGGACGGGCCUGAUAUAAUCACAAAGGUCCUCAUAAGAGGGAGGCAGAAGAUAGAGGAAGAAGCGAUAUCACCACGUAAGCAGGUAGAGAAAAGGCUCUAUGAUGUGAGAUCAUGAGCUAGGGGAUGUGUGGAUGGCCUAUAGAGGCUGGAAAAGGCAAGGAAACGGAUUCUCCCCUAGAGCCUCCAGAAGGAGCUAGCCCUGCUGAUACCUUACCCACAUGAGACUCAUUUUGGACUUCUGACCUCCAGAACUGCAAGAGAAUAAAUUUGUGUUGUUUUAAGCCACUAAAUAUGUGAUAAUUUGGUACAGCAGCAAUAGGAAACUAAUACAGAAAGUAGCUGGGAAAUGAACUGCUGGGCCAUACUCCCUUUUGUCAUUAUUUCUAGUUGCUUUUAUGAGCAAAGCUUGUCUUACCUAGCAACAGUUGCUAAGUUAACAAUUUAAUGCUGGAGUCUAGGAGGGAGCAACUGCUUAAAUAUUCCCAAAUCUAGUGCCCAUGCCUUACAUGGCAGGGGCUUUGAGUAAUGGUCUUUAACAUUAGGCACAUAAUCACUACCUAAUCAUGUGGAAUCAUUUAAUCCUUACUAGCCUCUAGCAUUGUCCUAAAACCUUGAACCUCUCUCUUCCAUCUUUCUUAAACUUUUAGCUUUUCUUAAAACUACUUUUUCUCAUCCAAAGAGUAUUUUAACUGUACAUAGUAAAAGGCAUCUUAAAUUCAAUUAUGAUCAGAAAUCCGAAUUACACAAACUUCGUUUGCUGUGCUGUUUGUAAUAAAAUAAUUCCACCAGCCCCUCUAGGGGAAACGUUCAAACGGAUCCAUGAAUACAAGCCAUUUAAGACACGCUUUUACACUCACAAAGAUAUACUGGACAUCGGGGCAAAUAUUCUGAAUAAUGAAGAGGAAUUUCAAGAGGCUCUACUCAAAGAACGAAUUGCCAAAGCAGAAGCUAAAGUGUGGGCUCAGGCUGAUAAACGCCAAAAACAAGCAGUGGAGAAAGCACUUGAAGAAGCAAAUGACGAAUACAAAAUUAAAAUUCAGAUUCUGGAAGAGCAACAUCAAAAACACUUACAGGAAAUGACAGCUAAAACCAAGCUAGAGAUACAUCAAGACAUGGAAGACGAACUAAGGAGAGAAAACUUGGCUGCGGAGCAACGCAUGGUCCAUAGGAUCCAGAGGAUCAUGAUAGAGUGCCACAAGGAGAAGAUCCAGGCUGUGGAGAAAGCCAGGGCUGAAGAGAGACGCAUAGCCCAAGAAGCAAUUCAGGCCCAGAAAAGCAAGGCUGUGGAGGAACUUGUGAAUGCCGGUAUGGAAGUGACUAAGGGUCGGAGGAAGAGUAAGAGCCAAUUGAUAAAGGAAAAAGAACAUGAGAUGAACAUCUACUACUCCAUGGCUCAGAGGCAGAAGCAGGAAGAGGUUCAGGGAGUGCUUGAAGAAGCAGAGAAAACUCAUCAGGUCGUGCUUGGAAAUGUGAUGGAUAAACUAGUUAACACUCAGGGGGAACUGCUGUCCAUAGCAAAACAACUGGGAAUUAUGACAAAUUGGAAAGAUUUCCUGGAGGAGGAAUUACAAGAAACAAGAAUGGCAUUUCAAAAAUACAUCAAUUAUACAUUUCCUAAGCUUUCACCAGGACAUGCAGAUUUUAUUCUGCCAGAAAGAAAGAAAACACCUUCCAGUCUUAUUCAGGAGACCAAAACAACUCUUGAUUAGAAGUCUUCAGCUGAAAUUUCACUACAAAAGACAUUGUUUUAAAGACUAAAUAAAUUUACUCGAAAACCA